GUAAAAAUCAAAUAGAUUGGGAAACAGUACUUAGAAUUGAAGACUUCACCGACGAAGAUGAAGAUGGAAAGUAAAGAUAAAAUGGUUUUGUUCAUCAUCACAUUAUUUGCAGUGACACUUGCUAUGGUUUCAUUGGCUUGCUCAUUGUUUAUAUACGUCGAAUUCCAAAAACAACAUAAGGCUUCUGUACAAGACAUUGAUGACCUGCUGAAAAUGAGAAACGAACUAUCUUCUGUACAAGCUGAAUUCAUCAAAAUGAAGGAGGGCUUCGUGAAUGAAAUAGAAGAUUUAAAUAUCCGUAUAGGUAAACUGGAGACAGGAAAUUUGCACUGGGCCAUUGUGGAAGGGAGAGAAGAUUACAAUGUGUCACAUCUUAAACGUAGGAAACGUGAGGCAACAGCAGCAUUCCCAUAUGGCUAUGGUCGUGAUGGCAGGGAUGGACUGAUGGGACCCCCUGGACCACAAGGACCUCCGGGACCUCAAGGCCCAUCGGGAAGGGAUGGGAGGGAUGGAUUGAGUAGCCAAGGUCAAUGGGCCAAUGAUAUAAGUCGUUUACUGGAGCAACUCCGCCAUGAUGUUACCAACACUAGUAGACCAUCUGCUGUACAAGGUCCCCCAGGACCGCCUGGUCCUUCAGCCGGGGGUGCAGUGUAUGUAAGGUGGGGUAGAACCACCUGUCCGGAUACAGCUGAGAAUGUAUAUUCAGGUAUAAUAGGGAAGUCACACUAUACCCAUAAAGGGUCAGGGGGCAACUAUCUUUGUCUUCCCAGGGAACCUGAGUGGGGGAAGACCACAGCUGGCGAACAGUCUGGGGCAUACAUUUAUGGAGUUGAGUAUGAAGUCAAUUAUAGUAACAACCCAUUUCUCACUGACAAUUUUCCUGACCCCACCAAACCAGCUACUUGGCUACAUGACCAUGAAGCAGUGUGUGCUGUGUGCAGGGUACCAGAGAGGAGCAGCCAUUUUAUGCUCCCUGCAAUGAAAACAUGCCCUGAUUCGUGGACCAAGGAAUACAAUGGAUACCUGAUGAGUGAACAUCAUACUCAUCGGAAGUCUGAAUUUAUAUGCAUUGAUGAAGCACCUGAAGCUGAUGAAGCAAGUCAAGAGAACAAAAAUGGAGGCCUGCUUUAUGUGGUGGAAGCCAAAUGUGGCUCACUGCCCUGCCCUAAUUAUCAAGACAAUAUGGAGCUUACAUGUGCUGUUUGUACAAAGUAA